AUCUGCACAGUCCUGCCCAGUCACCUGGGUGGAAGUUAUAAGACCAUGGCAAGAACAGCGACACAAAAGCAGUGCAUUAUACCACAUCUGUGGAUCAGCCUCAUCCCUCUUUUGAGAAUGCCUCACCUCACUGAAAGGCCUCCAGCGUGAAACAAAAUGCUGGUCCAGGGGCCGAGGAAGGAGAACUUGCUGUCCCUUCCCUGCAGGAGCUCUGCCUCGCGCCAGCUGAAACCCAGUAACUUGUGUGUGGCUGUGCCAGCAGUAGACUCCAGGUUCUUCCCGAGACUGCUGGCCCGACAGCCCCGGGGCUUCCCAUGGAACAAGAGCUGCCCUUGGCUACACCACCUCGUGCCUACCCCCAAGCUGCCGUGCAGCUCAGGGCAGUGAGUGUGGUGGGUGGUGGUCUUCGCCACACUGCACAAGGGCCCCAGCAACCUCUCCGGCAGGGAGGAGGACAAGCCAGAGCCCAGGGGAAGGGUCAGGACAGAGCAGGGGCAGGAGGGCCAUUCUGUGGAGGACUGGGUAGGGCAUCUUGAGCAACAGCCUGGAGUUGAGAGCAGACACACCCAACGGCACUGAGGGUGCUAGUUGGGCAGCUGUGGGUGAUCUCUGGCAGGAGAGAUGGCUUGUGGUGUGCUGUGCUCACUCUCUGUGUGUACCACUGUCUCUGUUCAAGUCCCACGGCAGGCACCCUGGGAGGCUGGCACUGCUGGGCCUCUCACCAGGAGACAGGAGCCUGGUUCCAGAGAGAUUCCACAAGCUGCUCAGGACCAAUCUGUGGACCAGGAUUUGAGUGACCAGGGUCCCUGUGGCCCCAGAGCCGAAGUUCUCUCUACUUCCCUGCUCAGCCACCUGAGGAGUGAUAUCCCGAAACCAGUGAUCUGGCAACAUGAGUCUGCAGACAGGGCCCAGGCUGUGGCAUGGACCAGCUAAGAGACCUGAAGCUGCAUCUGCAGAGUACUGACUACGGCAACUUCCUAGCCAAUGAGGCAUCUCCGCUCACAGUGUCAGUUAUCGAUGACCGACUCAAGGAGAAGAUGGUGGUGGAAUUCCGCCACAUGAGGAACCAUGCCUAUGAGCCCCUCGCCAGCUUCCUGGACUUCAUUACUUACAGCUACAUGAUUGACAAUGUCAUCCUGCUCAUCACGGGCACGCUGCACCAGCGCUCCAUCGCCGAGCUGGUGCCCAAGUGCCACCCACUAGGCAGCUUCGAGCAGAUGGAGGCCGUGAACAUCGCGCAGACCCCUGCUGAGCUCUACAAUGCCAUUCUGGUGGACACGCCACUGGCGGCUUUUUUCCAGGACUGCAUCUCCGAGCAGGACCUUGAUGAGAUGAACAUCGAGAUUAUCCGAAACACACUCUACAAGGCCUACCUGGAGUCCUUCUACAAGUUCUGCACCCUGCUGGGCGGUACCACGGCCGAUGCCAUGUGCCCCAUCCUGGAGUUUGAAGCUGACCGCCGUGCCUUUAUCAUCACCAUCAACUCCUUCGGCACAGAGCUAUCCAAGGAAGACCGUGCCAAGCUCUUUCCACACUGUGGGCGGCUCUACCCUGAGGGCCUCGCCCAGCUGGCCCGGGCUGACGACUAUGAGCAGGUUAAGAACGUGGCUGACUACUACCCGGAGUACAAGCUGCUCUUCGAGGGUGCAGGCAGCAACCCCGGAGACAAGACUCUGGAGGACCGAUUCUUCGAGCACGAGGUGAAGCUGAACAAGUUGGCCUUCCUGAAUCAGUUUCACUUUGGCGUCUUCUACGCCUUUGUGAAGCUCAAGGAGCAGGAGUGCCGCAACAUAGUGUGGAUUGCUGAGUGCAUCGCCCAGCGCCACCGCGCCAAGAUCGACAACUACAUCCCCAUCUUCUAGCGCCCUGACCCGACUCCCCACAAGUGCACUGUGUGUGUUUGUGUGUGCUGUGACAAAGCCCUGGGGGGAAGAAGCAUCUUGUCCCUGCAGCUGCCCAGCUUCCCGGACCCUCUCUGAGACUGCUCUUGGGUCUCAAAAGGGGCGAGGCAUCUGCUCCCCACUCCAAGGAUGGACCAAGUCCUCUCCAGAGCAGGAAGGCCCCUUAGCCCUAUGUUUACAGCCACUGACAUGUCUGAGAAGCAUGUGAUCACUUUCAUGUCCCUCCCCAACCUGAGAAUCCCUGGGGACAGUGUGAGGCCCCCCUCCCCCCGCCCCCGCCGUGUGGGUCGCCUUCACGGCCCAGGAGAAGGAUAGAGUAUGUGUGUGCUAGGUGUGGGGAGGGGCGGGGAGAGUAGCUCCACAGCCCCCUCCCUAUGCCCCAUUCUUGAGAUAAUAAAGCUGCCCUCUCUGAGCCCAUCUGUG